AUGGCUUUCAUCGAGUUUGCCCGCGAUCGGGACUCCAAAAGAUCUCUUGCCUUCCAAGCCGUUGAACUGGUCCAAAAGGCUUUGGACGCUGGCGCAACUCGAGAUAUUCUCCUUGAGGAGCAAAAGGAUCUUCGUGAGAGCAGCCCACUAUACAGUAUGGCCUGGCUGUUUCACAGCGUUGUUGUCACUGAGCUCGAGAUGCCGGGAUACUUGACAUCAGUCGGUCAACUCCUGCAGUAUCUGUAG